GUAUGAACGCUGUAACCAAAUUACACGCGUACAUUUUCACCCACGCUUUAUCUAUCCCACUGAGUUGCAGAUUUGCAAACUGAGCUUGGAAGCAAGGAGCAAAAAUGGCGGACACGAAAACCAGAGCACAACUCGCCGGAGGAAUGACCGCCACUGACUCAUGGAUCAGAAAGCACCGUCUCAUCUACACCGACGCCACACGCCAUCCUUUCGUCCUCUCCAUUCGCGACGGCACCGUCGAUCUCUCCGCCUUCAGAACUUGGGUGGAACAGGAAUGCAAAUUUCUGAGAUCCUUCACGGCGUUCGUCGCAAGUGUGUUGGUUAAAGCAUGGAAAGAAUCGGACGAUAGAGCGGACGAGGAAGUGAUCCUUGGUAGUUUGGCUUCUCUCAACGACGAAUUCGCGUGGUUCAAAAAAGAAGCCUUAAAACGAGAUAUCGACUUGACUAAAAUUGUUCCUCAGAAUGCAACCGCCGGCUAUUCCAGGUUUCUGGAGAGUCUGAUGCGGCCGGAAAUGGAGUACACGGUGGCGAUUACGGCUCUUUGGGCUAUCGAAGCUGUGUACCACGAGAGCUUUGCGUACUGCAUGGAAGAUGGAUCAAAAACGCCAUUGGAAUUGAGAGAAGCCUGCGAAAGAUGGGGGAACGAAGGAUUUGGAAACUACUGCAAUACCUUGAAGAAGAUUGUGGAUAGACGAUUGGAGAUGGCUGCUGGCGAAAUAAGUAAAAAAACAGAAAUGGCUUUGUUGCGGGUUCUUGAAUGUGAGGUUGAGUUUUGGAAUAUGAGCCGGGAUGGUCCACAACAAACUAUUCGAGCUAUGAAUUAGCAUCAAAAGAAUUCCCACGUUUGUUCUUGAACUAGAAACAAGAAACUAAAUGAACUCAAAAUGUCUAGAA